AUGACCGUGGCCGCCGCCUCUAUCCUUGGCGAACACCUUUCCAAGUGUCGUAGCAGGAUCAAGGGGAUCAUUGAGAAGUACGAGUUUCAUCUGGCAGGAUUUGCAACGGUUGAGCAAGACGAUGACCUCGAGUUUGAUACUGACAGUGUUGAGUUGCAGUACAUCUAUGAGGAUGAUGACGAUCCCAAAAGCUUGUGGGCGUAG